AUGUGUCUGAUAAAGGGUCAGGCCUUUCCUGUGUCAGCCUGCACAUAGCUGCAACCAGGACACAACCUCAGUCAGUGACUCCGCAUAAAACUGCCAACUGGGACACCAGCCAACAUGGAACACACUGAGGCAUUCUCUCCAGCCGACAACAUGGAACACACUGAGGCAUUCUCUCCAGCCAACAUGGAACACACUGAGGCAUUCUCUCCAGCCGACAACAUGCACUUUGGGAACCUGGCUUCAAUCGGUGGGGGGGCAGCCUUUUAGGGAGGCAAGCAAUUUAAACCAGUUAGAACCAGUGAGCCAGUUAGAACCAGUGAACCAGUUAGAACCAGUGAACCAGUUAGAACCAGUGAACCAGUUAGAACCAGUGAGACAGUUAGAACCAGUGAACCAGUUAGAACCAGUGAACCAGUUAGAACCAGUGAACCAGUUACAACCAGUGAACCAGUUAGAACCAGUGAGUAAGUCAGAUGAGUUGAACCAGUGAGCAGACAGAGAGAACUAUGUGGUACUAUAGAGACCAGAGAACUACGAUGAACACUGUGUUCUGAGAGAGAAGACGACAGAGGCUUCCACUGUUGGCCCUUCUACAGGGGGCACCAAUGCUGUGGUCAGAAAUUGAGGGACCCACCACCACUACUACCGAGCUUCACCACCACCCCUCUGACCAGCAACACAAGUCCCAUAGGAGGAACCCGAAAGUGAAGCAGGAAGUAAGCGGCAGUGGCAGCAGAAAGCAUGCUGGGAUGUGGGGGCGGGGCCAAGCUGCGCCACAGUUUGACGGUAGCCUCGGGAUUCGUUGAAAACCUGUGUUUCUCGGGGAUAGCGUACGGCUGGGCGUCGCUGGUGUUCAUCCUUAAGAAUGACGGCUACUUCAGUGACCUCUGUGACAUCACUGCCAACGCCACUGACCCCGGUGACAUUAUCACGUUGUCAGGGGAGCGGCCCAGUGAUAACAUCAUACAGUCAGACUGUAGUGGCCAGGAUGAACAGUUCUCUCUGGUCUUCACCGUCGCCUCCUUCUCCAUGAACUUCCUGCGUUUUCCUCUGGGCUUCCUGUUCGACCACUUCGGCACCAUGGCGACCAGGCUCCUGGCCACAUGUCUGUACACCACGGGGACCUUGUUGAUAACUGUCUCCAGUCCAGAGCAGUCAGCGUUGCUGUUUCCUGCCAUCUCGUGCCUGAUCACAUCUGGAAUGUUGUUCUACACCACCAAUGCUCAAGUGGGGAACCUGUUCGACAGCCACCGUUCCACGGUCAUAUCGGUCUACGCCGGGGCCUUCGACUCCUCCGCCGCUGUCUUCCUCAUCAUCAAGUUUUUGUAUGAAAGAGGGGUCUCUUUCCACUCCUCCUUCCUCGUUCUCUCCGUCUGCAGCGUCAUCCACGUCUUCCGGACGUUCUUCCUCAUGCCCAAGACCCACAUCCCCUACCCACUCCCCGACAGAUACGCUUACGGGGUGAGCUGCGGUGGCCGGCGUUGGGGGAGAGGGGGAGAGAGAGGAGAAAAGGACGGAGGAGGAGGAGAGAGAAAAGGAGAUGUGAAUGCCAAAUAUCAGAAGAUUGCUGUGUUACAGAAGGCUGAGAGUGCCCUGCUGCAGUUGCAGGACAAAGCAGGACCUUCCAGACCCGAUCAGCCUGAGAGAGUUACCAGUUUUAGGAGUUGUGUCCUGUCCUGGUUCUUCCUGUGGCACCUGGUCUGGGUGGCUGUCAUGCAGUUCUGUCACUUCCUGUUCAUCGCCACGGUGAACCCCAUGCUCAACCGGCUGGCCAACAGAGACCAGACCCUGGUGAGUCAGUACACCAAUGCCUUUGCCUUCACCCAGCUCUGUGGGGUCCUCUGUGGUCCCUGGAAUGGCCUCAUCAUGGACAGACACAAGGGGAAGCCAUUGGCUCCAGGAGAGACGAAGCAAGAAGCCGACCUGCGCUCCUCUUCUCUCUCCCUCUUCCUCACCUCCCUCCAGUGCCUCCUCUUCUACGUCUGCUUCUCCUCUCCUCUCCUUGCUCUUCAGUACCUCACCUUCAUCCUGCAAGUCCUCAACAGUGCCUUCAUCUAUGGUGGACACCAAGCCUUCCUCACCAUCGCGUUUCCCGGCUGCCAUUUUGGUAAGUUGUCUGGUCUGAUAACAUCUCUGUCAGCUGUGGUUCUGCUGCUCCAGUUCCCUGUUCUACACCUCAUCAGAGAGUUGCUGCAUGGAGACCCUAUUUAUGUGAACGUGGGUCUGACCCUCCUCACCCUCCUCACCUUCAUCCACCCCCUCCACGUCCACCUCCACUGCCGCUCUCUAGCCAGUCAGAGGAGGGCUAGGACCGAACAGGAAGUGACAAACUAAGGGUCAAAGGUCACGUGCAACAGGCUGGUGGGGAUGUGACGACAACCAACAACAGUAGUGGUGCGUCUCAAUAGUCUAAAGUCGCUUCCUCUCCUUGUCUCCUUUCCUUUGAUAACAUUGAUCUGAUAAAAUUGGUGGAAAACACGGUCUGUGUCCCAAAUAGUGCCCUAUCCCCUACAUGAGACAUUACUUUUGAUGGGACCUGGUUAAAAGUAGUGCCCUAUAUUAGGGAAUAGGGUGCAUUGGGGCACAAAGAGGUGCCUCUGUAGGAUGCCUUCCCUUCGCCAUCUUGCUUUCACUUGUCCGAUGUAGGUGAAGGAGAGGAGACGAAGAGAGAAAGCAUCUUUAGACUGUUGGGAUGCAUCCAGGACAAUUGACACUACAUCAUGGACAAUGCCACUGACUUGAACAGUCAGUUCAAGGCAGGGCAAAGGAGGACAGUGACCAAAGUGAAGACCUACUGUAAUGUGCGUGUUAACCUGUCUGAUUGCAAUAAAGAAUACAACUAAACUGUGAA